GCCAGAGGAGCUUUGGUGCCACGCGUUGAGCUCCCUUGCGGUUGGAAGCUGGAAGCUGUGGGCCUGUAUCGUCGCUGUUCUGCGUUUUUUUCGGCCGUCACUGUGUAUACAGGACUGAGGGCGAAAUUUUUGACGCACAAGAGCCAGCAACCGCCCGGGUGCGAACUCUCAACAUUGCAAUCCAGAGCCUGGUCACAGCGCCCAAUUCCUCAAGACGCCAUGGCGGACGCCGUCGUCCUUUCACCAGAGCAGAUUGCCGCACUGCUCGCACAGCAAGCGGGCCGCAGUGGCGGAGCGUCUUCCUCUUCGUCUGCGCCUGGUCCUUCUUCUGCAGGCCAUCUGACGCAACAGCAGACAUCAGCCUUGGUACCCGAUACUUUUCGAAAGCCGCCUCGUUUCAAAUCCGACCUCCGUCUCACGCAGUCGUUUGAGCCUUUCUACGCUGGUGGCAGCGGGACGGGCAACUGCACUGCUAUCCUACCCGUCCCUUUGCCUGCCUCAUCGUCGUCAUCACCAUCAAGCACAAGUACGGAGGAACGAUUACUACUUUUAACGACGCUCGACGACCUCAUCCUUGUGACUGAUAGCUUCACGGGUCAAGUUAUCGCACGGAUCAAUCAUCAUGGCAUCCCUACGCAAGCGGAUCCGCUCGGGCAGCCAGUUGAGGGAGACGGGGACGAACUCGCGGCUCUCACGCUCAGCAACGUUCGAUGGAGUCCAGUCAGUGAUGUAUCUGGAUCGACCGAAGAUCAAGGUACUGCAGAAAUCCCAUCGCUUCGCGUUCAACAAACAAGUGCAACGAUGGUCAGCGCGACGCGAGCGCUUUUCCUGAGAUUCUACAGCGUCACUGUCACUGUCGCUGUGCCAACAGCGGCUCAUGAGGGUGGAAAUUCGCAGCCGGUCAUCCGUGUCGAAGCACGCUUACAACGUUCCAUCACACGCGCGCAUGAGGCCGCUAUCGUUGUUCUCUCAGCAUCUUCAUCGCUCAGCGCUGCACUCCGACGACGUGCACCCACCAGCGGCAGCAAUGGCGAACAGCACUUGCAGAUGCUCGCAACAGGGUCCUCGGAUGGAACAGUCAAGGUGUGGGAUGUUGCAGGCGGAUACUGUACGCAUGUGCUCAAAGGCCACGGCGGUGUGGUCAGCGCGCUUGCGUGGGAUGUGUUUUUACCAGCAAGUGGCGUGUCAGAUGCCGGAAAAGGAAAGCAAAAGGGGGAAGCCGGCCGAGGGCAGCGCCGGAUAAACCUCUUUACCGGCUCGGUCGAUGGACGCGUUCGAUGGUGGAAUCUUUUGGCGACCGCAUCCGAAUCAUCGUCCACGCCUGGCACAAGCAAAGGCGGUAUCCAGCAGAAACCGCGCCAAACGCUCGGAACACACGUCUCAGUCGUCCGCGGCCUGUCUGUCAGUGCAGACGGCAGAUGCCUCGUAACUGGCGCUCGUGAUCGGACUAUGGGCAUUUGGCGUCUUCAAGCAGCGGGCGCGAAACGGCGCGAGAGCGUACCAAAAGAUUCGACGAAGUUGAAGAAGAGCAAAGCGGCGGAAGACGAGGAGAUGGAAUGGAAGCUUGUCGAGGCAGUCAAUGCAAGCGAGUCUGUAGAGUGUCUUGGUUUCCUGCCAAGCGGCAGCAAGCUGCCAGCUCGUGCAUUGCAGGCAGUAACGCAAGAUCUCGACGUAGCUAUGGAUGGCGAUGUCGAGGGCGGAAACUAUCACGAUACUAGAAGCGGCAAACAGCAAGAGCUGUUCUACAGCGCUGGCUCCAGCGGUAAACUGCGCAUUUGGGACUUUAGUCGAUCGCAGAUCAUCGCUGUUCAGCCAGAGGACGUCGGCGCUAGUCCAAAUGCAAAGUUGGGGGGGGACGAUGACGAAGACGAGGAAACAAGAGGCGUGCAGGAGGUACACCUGACGUGGUCAUCAGGCGAAGAGAGUAGCGGGCAACCGGCUGGCACGCAGUUCGUCGUCGUCCAUGCUGAUCAGACAUUCGCAUUCCGUUCAUGUCCUUUCACCUUCGGCGACAAGGCAAAGUUGCUGGCCCCGCUCAGCCUCACGAAGCAAAUGGUGGGCUUCAAUGACCAGGUGACUGAUGUCGUGCUGCUAUCCUCAGCGAUUAAGCCCGAAGCAAAUGGAAUUAACAAGGCACCGGAAGUGGACACGCACCUUGCCAUCGCCACCAACUCACACGCGGUUCACGUCUACACGAUGCCGCCGGCAGCUUCGUCUUCAGAUGCAGAUGCGGCGAAUUGCGCGCACUCAGUCAGCCUGCUGCGCGGGCAUACAAAUAACGUCCUUUGUCUCGAUCGAAGCUGUGACGCGGGACUGAUUGCCAGUGGUAGCAAAGACCGGACCUGUCGGCUUUGGGCGCCACUCCCAAGAGCUUAUGCCUCUGUCGAGGUAGGCUGGAAGUGUGUUGGUGUGGCACAAGGACAUGCCGAAUCUGUUGGGGCGGUAGCCCUCGCGAGGCGACCAGCUGCACCCGCAGAAGGGCACACAGGCUCACCGCUUUCAGCAUCGCCCUUCCUCGUCACCGCCAGCUCAGACCGCACUGUCAAAGUCUGGGAUCUGACACCUCUCGCAACGUCCGCGUUAGAGAACGCCGAGCCGGCUCGCUUGCGAUCGCUGACAACGCUCAAGAUCCACGACAAAGACAUCAACAGCGUUGACGUUGCGCCGAACAAUGCGCUUCUCAUAUCUGGCUCGCAAGACCGCACUGCCAAAGUGUUCACGCUCACUUACAGCGCGCCAUCGAAAGCGAAUGGCGGGGCGGCGAGUGCGUCGCUCAAGCUGCUCAGCACGUGUAAAGGCCACAAGCGCGGUGUUUGGUGCGUCCGCUUCAGCCCAGUCGACAAGGCGUUCGCAACGGCUAGUGGGGACAAGACGAUCAAGCUCUGGUCGCUGCAGGAUUUUACUUGCGUGCGUACCUUUGAAGGCCACACCAACAGCGUGCUCCGGGUCGACUUCAUCGUGGCGGGGAUGCAGCUUCUGAGCACCGCGAGCGACGGCCUCGUCAAGCUGUGGAACGUGAAAGACGAGAUCUGCGCAUGGACAGGCGACGCACAUGAAGAACAAGUGUGGAGUCUGGCUGUCACUAAGGACGACAAGCGCGUCAUCACGGUCGGCGCCGACAGUAUGAUUCGCAUUUGGGAAGACCGCACGUUGGAGGAACAGGUUGAAAAGCAGAAGAAGACGUCUGAAGAAGUUCAACAGGAACAACAGUUUUCCAACUUCCUCGUUGCGAAGGACUAUCGCAAUGCUAUUCACCUCGCGCUCAACAUGAACCAUCCGAGACGGCUUUUGCAUCUGUUCAGCACUGUGGUUUCGCAACGACCUGGAGGUGACGCAGCUGCCGCAGCCGGAGCUCUACUGGACUCUGCUCUUACAGGAUCCGGUGCGCACAUGCUGUCUGCAGACGCAAUUCUGCGCAAUGCUGGCGUGCUUCCUGCGCUCAACGGAUCUUCAAAUGGACAUGCAGAUGCGAACAAAGCCCAAGAGGACGCAGAGCGACUCAAAGACCGCCAAAGUAUCACUGGCUUAUAUUCGGUCGACCGCAUCAUCGCGACCUUACCGCCAUUGCAGCUAGUGCAGCUUUUGCACCACGUUCGUGACUGGAACACGUCAACUCGCACGUCCGACAUUGCGCAGUCCAUUCUCCACGCCAUCCUGCGUUUCCACACCAUGGAGAACAUCAUUGACGCGUUCGAAUCGGUACAAGGAAAGGGUCUCGGUGGCACAACGCAAUCGGGGAAAGCCGGGGUGAACAUGUCUAGAGACAAGUUUUCGAAGAUGGUCGAUGCAUCGACAAUGUUCGAAUCUCUGCUACUCUACACUGAGCGUCACUAUUCGCGCGCGGACAGGCUCCUUAUGGAAGCCGCGAUGCUUGACUUUACGCUAAGUUCCAUGACGGCAGUCAUUGGUGAAGAAGACGAGGAAGUGUCAACGAACGAAGAGAUGCAAACUUUGCAGAAUGGAAAAGCCGUCAGCGACGCUUCCGAGAGCGAUGAAGACUCGGACAUGGACGACUGAGACAACAUGUAUUUCAUCAGAAUUUCAUGCUCAUUACAACACUAUAAG